AACAAAGACAGUAUACUGUAUUGUAUGUACGUUUACACCCUCGCAUUAUAAAACUUUUAUUGUAUUAUAUUUCGAUUGCUGCAGUUCAGGUGUAAUAAAAACUUUGAAAUCUUCAAAGAUGCCGACAUCUCCUAUUAUUAAGACGCGCAUUCCGGAGCUUUGGUCAUCUCAUAACCGAGGUCAAGCUCUUAAAGAUUGAUGCACCAACUCCAACUGAACUGAUGGGAUGGAGAAAACAUUUCAACAGCUACACAUUACAAGAAAUUUUGUUCUUGCCACAUAUGGUGUUCUUGUGCUCACAUCUGCUGUCUACACGCUGAGGCGACAUAAGGAGGAACACGAAACAACACCUGCAGCCACUUAAACAACAAUGGAAAGUUUGGGGUUUUGGGGAAGGGGACAAACGGGGACUAUUGCAAUAAAUUAUGAUUGCCACAUAUUUGGACCGUGGUUGAUGUUUUAAUGUCCUUUGCCGGAUGUUUACUUUUUAUCAUGCACAGAUAUUUGUAUUUAAGUGUCGAUAUCUCUAUGGCGUUUUCAUUGUUUAGUGAUUAGCCAGCAGAGUGCAGUGUUAGCUUAUAAAGGACCGUUUUUGUUUUUUUAGAAAAUGCUUUCCUUUAUCUUUCAUGAUAAAGGCUAAUUGGGUAGUUGUUUUACAAGUGUUUGUUUUAAAUUAGUGAAGUUAAUAUCACAUGUGGGAAUAUAAACCUGGCCAAUAAAUAACCUUGUUUUAUAAGUUGUAAAGUUACACAAAAGAUAACAAUAUUGUAUCUAAACUGCAACACACCUUUUUCCUAUUUAAUGAAAUGUUAUGUAAGGUUUAGGUUUUAUAAGUCUCAGCACUGUUGUAAUGUUUUGUUUUUUCCCCCUGUGUGAUUGUCUCAGAAUGAUAAUUUCCUUUAAUUUUGAUUGUGAGUCAUUCUGAAAGUGAAGGUUAAUUCAAGACAUUGCAGUUUAUAGCAUCACAUAAGAUUCCAUUGUUUUGGCACAAACAUGUGAUUGAUAAAACUUCCUUAAUCCUUUAACAAUACAAUAAAGCUGCAUUUAAUCGUUUAUUAAUUUUUACGUUUAGACAUCAACAUUUUCGUCUCUGACUUGAAAAUAUGCGUUGCACAAGACUAAUAGAAUAUAUGCACAUUAUCGAUGUGCUAAAGCCCUACACUUAUGCCAAAGUGAAACUAAAAUGGAAAAGCACCUGUAUUUAAGUCUUUGAUGGGUUGUGGUGUGCAUUUUCCUCUUGUCUAAAACAAGACAGGGCAUUACACCCAUCUGUAGAAACACAUCUCAGGUGAAUGUGCACAUAGCAGUGGAUAACAGCUGGUCUUUUUGAAUGUUUGCAAUUUUUGUUAUUUUUUUGGGUGUUCAUCUCCAAGGGGAAUCAACUUUCGGUUAAAGUCUCUGGAUUCAUCUGGAGUAUACCGUGCUGUGCAAGGCUGCACAGAAUCAAUCGUUUAUGCGCUGGGACAAUGGGGGAAUGUUAUGAGUGGGAGCCAAUCCAGAAUGGUCCAACACAAUGACACAGACCUUACAGCCGAGCCACAAGGCCCACCAAAGACAGCCGAGCUCCCUGUGCCCUAUCCCAUCGGGCCGACGCACUUUCGGCCCUUUCGGCACCAGCGGGACUGUGAUCUUAUCACUCAGACCAUGCAUUACUUGAGCCAAAGUGGAUUUUACUGGGGUCCUUUUGAAGUGGACGAGGCACACACGCAACUGGCUAAACUCCCGCUCGGGACGUUUCUGCUCAGGGACAGCAUGCAGACGAAUGUUUUCUUUACUCUGAGCUAUCAGGCCCCCGAGGGCCCGACCAGCGUACGAGUGCUCCUGAAAGAUGGAGAAUUCAGUUUAGCGGGAAGUAAACACACAUUCCCUUGCCUUUUUGGCCUUUUGGCGUACUACAUUGCGUCCCCCAAAAAGAGCUUGAGUAGACCUUACCGUGGAAAUGCACCACAGGGUCUGCAAGAACUGGCAAGAAGAGCCGUAAUGAACAGAUGUCGAAAAGAAAACAUUCAACAGCUUCCUUUGAGUCGGGAGCUUCGAGAUUUUCUCUCUUCGUACCCUUUUAGCAUAUGAAUGUGUGCUGUUACACGGUUCACAUUUUACUGUUUUUUUGUCAUUUCAUAGGAUUCUUCUUUAUUGCCUAACGAGACAUAGUGGAUAUAAAUGUAUAGGGAUAGUUUGGACCCAGAAAUAUGCACUACACAACGAUUUUAUUUGAAAAUUUCGCAAAUUGGCUGUUACAGUGAUAUUGGUUCAUGCAACAAUUUUGUUACUUUAAAGUAUUUUUGCUUUUAUAUGAAUGUAAAACUAUUUAACAUAGAGUGUCCGAUAUCAGUAUAAAACGUUUGGUACAUAUUUACAAGAUGUAGUUUGUGUGAUCUAUAGUGUGUAUUUUAUGAUAAUGUCUGCUAUGCAGAAAUUUAAAGCAUUUCACUAGUUGGUGUAAAGUACAGUUUUCUUUUCAUUUUAUAAUAAACAUUAUUUAUUUUAAACGGUU